UCUCUGAUUGGCCGCUCCCUCACCGGUCCCGGCUGUGGCGGCCCGUGAAGGUUCCAGAAGCGGCUCCGGUUCGGGCGGGCGCGGAACCGUUCGGGGGUCCCGGUUCGGGAGGCCCGGAGGCUCCCGGAGGCUCCCGGAGGCUCCCGGCGGGGCUCGGGGAGCUGCCGGCGGAGCCUGGGUGUGUCCGGGGCUGCCGGCUCGGCUCCGGUUGGGCGGUACCGGCGGGGCCCGGUCGGUACCGGAGCCAUGAACGGCGGCGGGGCCGGGCCGGGCCCGGUGUGGCUGGCGGUGAGCAGCUCGCUGAACGCUUUCCGUGCCUGCAAGCGCUUCUCGCCCUCGCUCACCAUCGCCGAGCUCAAGUGCAAGCUGGAGCUGGUGGUGGGCUCCCCGGCGUCCUGCAUGGAGCUGGAGCUGUUCGGCGCCGAGGACGAGCCCCUGGGGACACCGGGCUGUGACACUCCCAGUGCCAUCCCCAGUGUCCCCAGUGCCACUCCCAGUGUCCCCAGUGUCCCCAGUGCCACUCCCAGUGUCCCCAGUGUCCCCAAUGUCCCCUCCCAGUGCAAGCUGGAGCUGGUGGUGGGCUCCCCGGCGUCCUGCAUGGAGCUGGAGCUGUUCGGCGCCGAGGACGAGCCCCUGGGGACGCUGGACUGUGACGAGGCCCUGCUGGGCUCCUACCCCGUCACCGACGGCUGCCGCGUGCACGUGACGGACCGGAGCGGGGCCCGCGCCGGGCAGUUCGAGGACGUGUCACAGGUGGCCAAGUACGAGAUGGCCGAGAGCGACUACGACAAGAGGACAGAGUCGGUGCGCUCGUUCCUGCGGCAGCGCUCGUGGGGCCGCUGGGACCGGGGAGCGGGGAGCAGGAGCGGCAGCGGCAGCGGGAGCAGCGGCGCGCUCAGGAGGCGGGCGGCGGCGGCCGCGCUCCCGCUCGGGGCGCGCUGCGAGGUGCGGGUGCCGGGCCAGCCCUGCCGCAGGGGCUGCAUCGCCUUCGUGGGUGAGACGGAUUUCAAGCCGGGGGUUUGGGUGGGCGUGCGCUACGAUGAACCGUCUGGGCAAGCACGACGGAAG